ACUGCCGCCAAUUCCAACUAAUAAAACUUACAAUUCAUACAAUGCAAUGCAAUAUUGCUAUUUGAUAUUUUCCAUACAUACAUCUAAAGUGAGACGAAAGUUUAGAUUUAGAAUAGGUGGUGGAAUUCGUUUUGUAAUGUGAUUUGUUGUUGGUUUAGAACAAAGGAAAUAAUAUGUUUUUAGACAUUCGAGUUGUGUUGUUUUGUGUCUGUGGGUUCUGUUGGACUGUUUGUGCACAGUUUGGUAGUGUAACGAUAAGUGUGGGCUUAGAUCGUGAUAAUAAUGAUGAAUAUUAUAAUACGAAGGGUUCAUGUCCACAAAACACAACCUGUGUACCCAUCAGCGCCUGCCCGGUGUUACAAGAUCUAUUGGACUUCUCGUGCUUUUCUUCAGACAAGUACUUCCACCGUCUAAACGAGCUGACCUGCGGCAACGCCAACAAUGAGGACUAUGUUUGCUGCCCGUCAUGCGAUUGCGGCAAGGUAUACCUGGCCGGCACGGAGCAAUGUGGACAGAGCAUGGUGAAGGGUGUCGACUAUAAAGGCAUUGGGACUCACCCUUGGGUUGCUAGGAUUGGAUUUACCCAUAAAGAAAAAGGAACGGUAAAAUUUGCUUGCACCGGCUCCAUCAUUGCUAACCACGUUGUUUUGACCGCAGCUCAUUGUGCUUUAGCUAAGAACGAUGGAUAUAAAUUGUCAACAGUAGUAGUUGGAGAAUGGGACAUUGGCCGCAGUCCUGACUGCAACGAUAUGUUUUGUGCUCCACCGACUCAGGCCAUCAAAGUAGACAGUGUGAUAGUUCAUCCCGGGUAUGAACAGAAAAUAUUCCGCCAUGACAUUGCACUUAUUGUGUUGAAGGAGGAUAUAAAAUUCUCGGUGACAGCAGCUCCGAUUUGCCUAAACGAUAAUCCGGAAGUUAUAUUAAAUGAACGUGCUUCACUUGUCGGCUGGGGCCAAUUAUCCGGACAAAAAAACCUGGUGACCCGCCAGCAAUUAUUGCACGUGCCACUCGUUCCUUUAGAGCUAUGCGAGAACGUUUUCGGUAAAACGGUUCCCAUAAAUGAAGCUCAAAUCUGCGCUGGCGGCGAAGCAGGUAGGGAUGCGUGUUCAGGAUUUGGGGGAGCACCGUUACUGGUCAUGAGAGAUGCUCAGUACGUACAGAUUGGCAUUGUGUCUUUUGGCUCCGAAGACUGCGGCCAGGAGGGCAUUCCCAGCGUCUACACGAAAAUCGCACACUAUUACAAGUGGAUUGUAGACACUAUACCAAAAAUUUAACACUUUCACACAUUAUACAC